GCCAGCGGGGCCAGGAGUGAAGAAACCGUGCGAGUGAAAAGCUAGAAAAUUGAAAAUGAUCUCUAGCGAGUGCCGUUUAUGCUUCGCAACAAGUUAAAGCGAAUCACUGAUAGGCAUAAACUGUGAUUACGCAUGUGUACAAAUUUUGCGGUAAACGUGGGUCUAGCAACGCGCCAUACAAGAUUAAUCUACAAGCGGACGAGCGGAUAGCUUCGCUGUUGUGACAGUUUUCAUGUUGACUACAGCCACUGCCUCUGCGUCUUCGAACUCAGAUCCAAAUGGUGCUCCGGGAAGUCACCUUCGCGGGUAUAAACAGUUAAUGGACAGAUAUGACAGCUUAGUGAACUACACUCCGGCAAAUAUGGACGACCCGAUUGUUAUAAACGUUGGCGGAAAACGAUUUGAAACGUACGAAGAGACGCUGGCGCGUUUUCCAGAUACCCUUCUGGGAUGCGCCAGCCGAAGGUCCAAGUUCUACAACUCUAAGCGUCAGGAGUACUUUUUCGACCGGCAUCGCUCCGCGUUCGAUGCCAUUCUCUACUACUAUCAAUCUGGCGGAACUCUAAUUCGACCGGAGCACGUACCACCUCAUGUGUUUAUAAACGAAGUUAUCUUCUUUGACUUACCCGAGGAGUCAGUCCAACAUAUUCAACUUGAGGCGGGAAUCGCUGAUGAACCCGAAGAGCAACCCAUGCCGAACAACUAUUACAUGAGAAUUGUCUGGAAUGCGCUCGAGUACCCGAACUCCUCGCACCUGGCAAAAUUUCUGGCGAUUUUCUCCGUCAUAGUUAUCACUCUUUCGUUAAUCAUUUUCUGCAUCGAGACGCUGCCGGCGUUUAAAAUACAUCCGGAGAAACCAAAAAACGCAACAGACGAUUGGAAGCCUCCACCUAAUCCUUACGACAAAAUCUGGUUUCGGCUCAAUACUUUUGUCAUUGUUUGGUUUACGGGCGAGUACGUAAUUCGCUUCCUUACGUCUCCACAAAAAUUCAAAUUUCUAAUCGGAGCGCUAAACAUUAUUGACUUGUUAUCCAUACUACCGUAUUACGUUCAACUAGGGCUCCAAGAGGACGACUCUUCCAUCUCUGUCCUUCGCGUGGUGCGUGUCGUCCGCGUGUUUCGCGUGUUCAAACUCUCGCGCCACUCGCGCGGUCUGCAGAUAUUAGGAAACACGCUCAGAGCAAGUUUAAAUGAGUUGAUAAUGUUAAUGUUCUUCUUGGCUAUUGGCGUCAUGAUAUUUGCAAGCUGUGUUUUCUAUGCGGAAGGAGGCCUCGACAGCAAUUUCCCAAGUAUUCCUCACGCUUUUUGGUGGGCAGUUGUCACCAUGACGACUGUAGGCUAUGGAGACGUGUCUCCAGAAAGCUUCCCGGGAAAGAUCGUCGGGGCACUUUGCGCUAUCUCAGGUAAGCCAACCUAAUGCUGUGACACUCAUCUGAUAGGAUUAAAAGCAACAAUUCGGCAAGGUCUGGAGGCCAAAAAAAAAAGUAGCGCGUGCUUAGAAGACUUUAGAAGCCAACCUAAUGCAAUGGCACACGUUAUAUAUAAGCACACUUCAAAACCAACGAAAUAUAUCAAUGUGAAAGCCCCUAAAAUACAGUAGCGCGUGCUUAGAACGUUAAGAAACCAACCAACUGCAAUGGCAAGCGUUGGGCACGCUUUAAAAACAACGGCACAUGGCAGUGAUACUCAAUUGGUGUGAAAUCCUUUAAAUUACAGGAACGCAUGCUAAGAACACUUAAGAAACUCAAGCUAAUGCAAUAGCACACCUUAACCACGCUUCAAAGACAACGAAACAAAGCACUUGCGGAACGAGUUUAAAUGCCUGUAAAAUGACUUGAAGUUCAACAUAAUGCGAUACUGCUCCGAGACCGUUUGAAAAUCGUUUCUCGAGAGCUCAAAUUCGUUUGGAACUGAAGAUCAGGUGAAUCACUAAAAUGUAGCUUUUAGUUCACUGCCAAUUUUGUCCCCCAAAUAUAUAAUUACACUUGAGCCAUGAGGCUUUAUAGGGGGAGAUAAUGACGCAUUGACUCUCUCAAAGCCAUAAUUCUUAGCUUCAAUUGAUAUAAGGUUUCUGCUUACAUACACAUGACAUGUCUCCUUUAUUUACCCUUAAAAUGACGUAUUGUAAAAUUGGCCCAAAAAUUAGGCCGAUUCAUUGACGGGAAUUGAAGUUAAUCUGAUUGAGGUUAAUCGAAAAACAAAGCCACUUUUAAUUUCAAACGCGCUAGAAUGAAUGAGUACUGUAAAAGUUAAUUUGCUAUAUUUGAUAAAAAUUAUACGCUGAUUUCUCUUCCGUUCGCGUCUGUCUCUUAUCCAAUUGAGCUGUCUACUUUCAAGUUCAAAAUUGGUGGUUUAAGCAUAUCACAUACCUUGAGAAAAGAUAAGCAAAUGUUCAAUUUGUUGAAAAAUUUCAAACGACAAAUUUCCUUGAGCAAAUUUUCGUACUAUUUCAUUGCAAAUUAUUUUUCUGGGUAGCGAGAUUCACGCGCGUUUCGUGGAACGCGCGCGUAUCUUGCCAACCUUCUGUUACUUUCACUCUGUGAAUAAGUAAUAGAGUGUGAGCCAACCAAAUACAAUAACUUUGUUUUGAAUUAGUGGCGAUGAAUGAUUUCUUCCGAAGCCUGCUGCUGGACGGCAAUAAUUCUGCAAAGAAAGCAACGCUGUUUAAACAAAGUGAAAUUUGUCCAAGUAAAGUAAUUUUUUUUUUCGUGGAAGAAAAUUCAAAAACUUUUUUAUAGUGCUUAUUUCAACCCGAAGUUCGUUUUUAAAUAUUAAUUAGCUUCAGAACGCUAAAAUGAUAACAAUAGGCAAGUGCUUUUGACUUAUAUUUGGCUUUUAGCUUUGAAAGUUAAACUUAAAGGCUUUGAAGCAUGAUUUAAAUACGAACCUUUCCAAACAACAGGAAGUAAAAGGCUUCGAGGCCCAUACUUCUUAACGGCAGAAAAAUUAAAUUAGAGUUGUGCAUUGAGUCAACAGAGAGUUUGUCAUGUUUUGAAAUAUUUAUCAGUACCUGCUGGCUAAAGAAGUGUACGUGAAAAUAGAAACAUGACACUUUCAUUAAAUCUACACAGUUUUCGAGUGUUUUGUCGCAUAAACCAUUUCGUAAAAGACCAAGUUGAAGUCAAGAAAGAAUUUUCACAGCCUGGGUUAAAUAAACAGAUUGUUUCAUAUAGACAGUAGUAAAGAAGGAAUUUUCUGGAUUCACUUUUUGGGAUAAUUUUUUUUUUGUUAACAGAUUUCAAUAGACUGAAUGUACGUUUCGGAGUAGUUCCAGUAUCAUUAUUAAAAGGAAAAACGUUGUUUGAUUUUGCGGUAGUUGGUUCAGUCAUUUAUCUCGAAACUGAAGAAAUUUCUUUUCAAAUCUUUAAUCAACAAUUGUGAUAAGAAAUAAUGGAGUGGACAGCAAACAAUAACAUUGUGAACUACUACUGAGGCUUUUGAAAAUUCAAAACUCACUUCGGAAACCAUAUGCAUAAUGCAAAAUUUAUAACUUAAUGAUUUUAAAGAAAUCAUGUUAAGCUCGUUUUCUUCGUUAUGGAACGUAACGUUUGAUUUUUCAGUCGUUUCGUCGGCGACAAAACACUGGUUAUUUCGCGAAAUUAUCAUUUUGUUUAAUCUUGUUUCGAGUCGGGUCGCAGCAGGGAUUUUCACUGAAGAAAACAUUUUUUUUAGAAACACACCUUGCAUCGACUAUUGUACGUAAAGAAAAAUAUAACAAGAGCAUAGAAUCGCAAAUGGAAUUGUGAAAUGAGAUUCAUCGGCGUUGUGAUCUAAAGGUGAAACGUUCAAAGGAAAGUGAGAAUUUUGCAAAUCUAGCCUGGCUUUCCAUCUUAACAUAUAAAAUAUAUUUUAACACAUAAUUUUUCUGCGAAUAUUGCGUGGGCUUCCACGCGAGUUCAAAGAUUUAAUUUGCUAGGAAAAUAAAUGUAUUUAAAGAUUUUACUGAGAAUACCUAACGAAGGAGCUCCGCUUUGUUUUAUUAAUCAGCUUGACAUAUUGCAACACCUGUUAUCGAAAAUAUAUACCUGCUAACUAAUUCAGCUCUAUCGUCGAUAAGCCUCUGUUCAUACUACACCGAACAGCUUAUCGUGCCAACACUAAAAACUAUCAAGUAUAGUAUGAACACCUAUCCGAUAUGUGACUCUCCACUUUAGAGAUUGGCGCAGCGCAGCUUCGCUCCGUUACAGAAAUCGCGCCGAAAUCACCGUUCCUAUGUGUGAAUAGAAGCCCUAUCCGGUAUUGUUUUAAUGCCAGCGCAAAAGUUAUCUGGGAAAGUGUGAUCAUAGCCUAGGAUAGCGUCAGUACAGAGUCUUCUGAACUACAACGUAGCUUGUUCUUAUUCUAAACAGCCGAAUUUCUAAUUCACUCCAAAGCAAAUCCUCGAACUUUGCUUCAAGAAAGAAAAUAGAAUUGGUUCUACAGUCGACUCCCAAUAACUCGAACCCUCUAUAACUCGAACCUCCCGCUAACUCGAAGCAAUUUUCAUUUCCCUUCAAAACAUUUUUUAUACAAUUUUACCCUCGAUAACUCGAACUCCCGAUAAGUCGAACGUUUUUCUGUUUCCCUUGACGGUUCGAAUUACCGGGAGACGACUGUAUAUUCCAUUACUUUCUGCAUAUUUUUAGUGAAAUAAGAUUGCAGGGUUUGUUCGAGAAUUGCCCAGAGGCCGUGUUCAUUGCAAUUCGCAGUCAAAGUAAAUCCUGUACAAUGAGGUGAGACGACGAUUUGUGUUUUCGUACUGCUGGAUUUUAGUAGAUAUUAUACUGAUAAAAAUGAAAACGACAGAAUUCGGUUGAGCUUCCAGCUUUCUUGUGCCAUUUACUUUGUUUGAUUUUUCUUAAUUAUUUUUCACGGAAAUUCGUUAUACACUUAUCGUUUGCUCUCGAUAAUUAAACCUUUUUCUUCGUUUCUCUCAUUCCUGAAACCUGACUCAUCCCCAGUCGUCUCUGACAACGUCUCCCUGGUGGCACGAAGACGACUGGGAACGACUUAGUUCCGGGCCUUCAGGAAAUGCGCGGUUCACACCAGAAUGAGGUUGAACCUCCCACGUAAGGGAAUCCAGGGCAGUUUUGGAUUCUGGAUUUCUCGCUGGGGAUUCCGGAUUCCAGGUACUGGAGUUAAGUGUUUGGCAGUGGAUACUGGAUUCCAAUCGUUAGUGGGAUUCUGGAUUCAUUUAGCUGUAUUCCGGAUUUUGCGGAUUCGAGAUUCCGGAUUCCACCAGCAAAAAUUUCUCGGAUUUCGGAAUCCGUAUUCCCUUACGUGGAGCGCCUGAGUUUUUGGAAGCAAUUUACUCCAUUUUGCAAGUUAAGCUUUUCUGGUGGAGCAUUGCACCCGUAAUGUUUCGUUGACCACUAAUUUUGUAUCAUCCAUAUGUGAGCUUGUAAAAAUGGACGUUUGCAAAAAAAUGUAAAUUUUGGCUUAGUCUUGAACGUAAAUUUACAAAGAAACUUAAAGGCUAACGUUUUGAGUAAUUACAACCACAACUUAAGCUAAACAGAACGUAAAGUUGCCUCUUAAAAUGCAAAGAAUUUUAAGAGGAAUGGUUUUUUCUAUCGUGGACAGAGUGGGGAAGGCAUUCAUGGCUUCAUUUCGUUAAAGCAUUUCAGUGAAAAGCUCUACCCUCGUUCUAUAGGCUUUGCGAUCGUUUGUAUUUUGUUGUUUAAAAUCCCUUACUGCCCAGCGUUAAUCGGAUUGGCUAGUUUUCCGAAACGGAGGGGUUUUCAUGUAACUUGAGCUAUUCUUCGGGGCCUCGUGCAUCUAGGAUGAAUGCGUUAAGCAAGCAGUUUUUACAUAAUAGAAGCACGUCUUUUAAGCUCUACCCUCGUUCUAUAGGCUUUGCGACCGUUUGUAUUUUGUUCUGUAAAAUCACUUACUACCCAACUUCAAUCGGAAUGGCUAGUUCUCCGAAAAUGGUGGGGUUUUUCAUGUAACUUAAGCUAUUCUCUAGGGCCCAAUGCAUCUAGGAUGUGUUAAAUACGCUGUUUUUAUACUACUUUUCUCUUCCUUUCCUUUCAGUAUCCAGUGGCGGAUACAGGGGAGGGGCCCGGGGGGCCGGGCGUCCCCUCAUUUUUAGACCAAACUGAGGCCCAGAGCCCCCUCCCCUCCCCCAUUUUUUUGGGGGGAGACCACCCCUCCCCCCUCCCUUAUCUGAUGGUCUGGAUCCGCCACUGGUACCAGUAGUCUUUGCUCAUAUAUUUUACCCUUAAGUUCUAAAUGUGAAAGAUGAUAGCAUAAUGAACUAUUGAAAACUGAGCACAUUUUUUUCGUUCGACAAUUUUGUCGUGAUGAAAAGCUAUUUUGUUUGACAUCCAAGCAUGCUAAGCAUGGAAAGCGACAUUAGACCUGAAACUCGUCGUAUCUCAUAUUUCCUUUCGCUUUUUCUCUUGUGCACAGGUGUGCUAACCAUUGCCCUCCCUGUGCCCGUUAUCGUUUCCAACUUUGAGAAUUUUUACAGCAAAGAGAUGAACAGACGGAAGGAGGAAGAACUGAAGAAAGCUGAGGAACAACGAGCAAAAGACAAAGAGAAGGGAUUGAAUAACUCCAAAAAUUCCACAGAACUGGAAAAUGUGGAUGGAAGAAGUCCUAGAUCACCUACGCCUAGAGGAAUUCUGGUUUGUGGAAUGAGCAAAGGCGAGGAGAAUUCACAGAGGGCCCAUACGACAGUCUAGCACUGAAUCUGCGUCGAUUUCACUAAUGCGCGAAUUGCACGUUCAUAAAAUACGGCUUUUAUUCUAUAAUCGUUAUCAGUAUUACCCAGAAGGUCAAGCAGAUUCGAACGUCUUUUAAGAAAGACUUGGAAGCGAGGGUUACCCUAUGGCACUGUUUACAGUUGAUGAGAAAACAGUGUGUUGCAAAAGAUAGAGUCAAUGCCAUCGAAAAUGAAGGUUUUAGGACUUCUUAGAGCCACUAUUUGGCUACGUCGAAAAUUUAAACCAGAACUACAAGUAUGGAAUAUAAUUAUAAUGCAAGCAUCAAGGAUCCACGGCUCAUGGAAGUACCGAGGAGUAAUGGAACGUAAACUCUGUGAGAUCUGGGCCCGCAAAAUCACAUGAUAUGAUUAAAAGACGCAAAUGGUCUUUGUCUUUGCGCGAACAAAAUAACAUUAUUGUUUCAUAAAUAGGAGCACCAAGCUAUAGUCAAAUUGGCCGACUUUUACAUCACCGCGAGCACACAAUUUCUUACUGUCAGAACAUGAGGUUCUUCAAGUUUAUAGAAUUCUUCUCACAAAGAUUGAAAAGCCAUGGACACAUCGUGGAAUCAGUUUAACCAACAAAAGAGUGCAAGUCUCCCAAAAUAGAGUGAUAUUCAACUUCUCGACGCUCUGUUUCCCAUAUGGAUUCAAACUUAGAGUUCAUGACUGGGGGAACGAAUCCAAGUUUUUGGUUACUUGAAGUUUGAAGGUUCGUGAUGACAGGCAGUGAUGAACUUCACUGCAUGGCACUUGAAAACAAGAAACCCUGCUGAUACGGAAGUUGACCCAAUCGUUCAUGAACGUCGGAGUCACGGUUAGGUAGGCAAGGCAAAAAUCAAAGUCGUCUUCAAGCUCGAUUUAAACAACCUUCGAUAAAGGCUCCUCAAAAAGAAGGCUUGUUGCCUUAACCAACGACAAUCUAACCAUAACAACUGACCAUUUGGAACGCUUGCAGGUUAAGUUGGGUUUGAGUAUGAUGUGGCAACUGAAAAAGCGUGAAAAAUUGAAAAAACCAAAAGAAAAGUAACGUAUUAAUGCACUGAGUAACUGCCUUUGGUUUUUAAAAAUAUGUAAAAAUUGUUAACCUAGUCUUCUACUUUAAAUGGUCAAAUAACCAAUUAUUUCCUAAGCUGGGGUGCACGUGAUCCUCAUGUGAUCUGCACGUUAUUCUACAUUUCAUGUCAUUGCGCACUACCUAACAACCAAAUUGUUUGACUUUUCAGUUGUUUUUUAGGUCUGUGUAGCCGCUAAAAUAACCCCAAGAAUUUAUGGAGGAAGAGACGAAUUUAUUCUUGUUUCUUCACGGAAAAACUAUGUCUGAGAAUAGCAAAUUUAUCUUAUUUCAAACUUUUGCCUUGUUCUACUCCAGUGUGAUUAAUGGCACUUGUCCUUAUUUUACCUGGGGUUCUUUCAAUUCUUAAUCAACCAGAGUUCAACAAAAUGUGAAAGCGCGACAGUCCGAGUGCUAGUGCCCGGCACUCCUUCGUUGAGUGGAAAUUUGAUAAUCCUAAAAAAAAGUUCGCUUUUUAGUGAAUUAAUGGCCCUCGACGAGUUUAAGUAAUAGAUGAAGUAGCCUGUUCUUUUUUUACCACUCACAUCUCUUUUCGUUGCCCCCACGAUCUGAACGCCGGGAACAGGCUUUAGAUAAAGGGAAAGUAUACACGUACUUUUUGAAAGUCUUAACAGUUUAAACCCUAAAAAACCUAAAAUCCCGCCGUAUAUUCUCCAUGGGGGGAAAAUAAUUUUUCCUGGGUAUGUGCCGCUGGCCUCUCAGAACCUCUACCCCAUUAUAGUCGCAAUUCCAACUCAGCCACUUUCUGUUUAUGCAUCUACAUAUUUUAGCCUUUUGGUCAUCCUGUAAUGACCUGACACAUUUGUUAAACUUAAUGUGGUGUAAAUCUUUCUAUUUUUAAAUCCCUUCAUACCUGAAUUUUCUGACCCUCAAAAUCCCAAAAAAUGGACGACUCCAGUCUAGUAACUGUUAUGAAAAUGCAACCCCAUAAUAGUUAACCCAGUCGUGAAAAUGCGACCCCAUCCAGCGGCACAUCCCCAUUAGCCUACUACGAGGAAGUACCCUUCCUCCGGGAUAUUCUCCAAACAGUUCUCGACCAUAAAUUACGUAUGGCACUUUAAUUAGGUAACGAGGGUAAUUUUAUCUUUUUUCUUUUAAAGUGGUGAAACGUUAAGAAUUAUCGCCUACAGCCUUACGAAUAAGGUUCGCUAUGCCUUAUAUAGUAAUCAGUAGGCUCUUGGUAGGCAGUAAAGAGUUAUUUUUGUUAAACUAAGUUAUUUAUAAUUUUCAAGACGUUUUUAGAAUGUUUAAUUCUAUACUGAGAAGUAGUAGAGGAUUUGAAGUCAAGUGCUAAAAAAAUGAUAGAUGAUAUGAACAGGGGCGGGGGUUCUUCAUUGCUGACGUCAGCGGGUUGUUUCACGACCCGAUCUCUCGUGACGUAUUAACCUAUUGGGUGUUUUUUUUUUUUUUUUACAAAAAUUGGUAAAUCGAACAGUUACCACUUUGGUUGAUGUGUAGUAAAACAGCACCCAUUAGCUGCUCUCAUUAAUGAAUUAUGAGGCCCUUGAAAUUUUAAACGCAAAAAUAUAGAGACGAGUGUCACUGACAGUUUAUGAACAGAGGCUUUCUGCUCGAAGCCGUAGUUGGCACAUCACAUAAGAAAUACGUGCUUCUGGUUAAGUACUUAUUAGUCUAAAGAAUAACUCUUAUUUAAAUGGUAUUAACUUCGAUAAGAAUACUACGUGUAUAUGUUAUCUUUGAAGUGUGCUUAGCGAACUAUAGUUAGCAUGAUAAUUAAGAUUUAUACAUUCACGAUUGAAAUUUUUAUUAUAAUUUCGGAGACGGCGGGUUCGUCUCUCGUCAGACAAAGGCAAUGUGCAAAUAACAGCGGGAUGCACGUCUCUUCUAUUUGUAUCUAAAAAUAUUUGGGAUCUAUACGCCCAAGAGGCAUUGCAAAAUCUUGGCAAUAACUGAAUUUUUUAAGAAUUACUUUAUAAAGAUUGACAACAAUCUCAUACCCAGAGCCUUCAAACUUUUUGGUCAGAGGUAGUCGCCGGGAUGGAAGGGAAGAUCAUGAUUUUUUAAAUCUGUUUUCUAACUGUCAAUAUCAACUACAACCCUGUUCCCUGGUUCGUGAAGACGAGAACAAACUUAAAGUUGAUGGUUCUUAGCUGUAGCUUUAGUCUACCUUUCUGUACUUUUUCGUUUACUGCACUCCUAGUUAGUGUGUUAAAAAUUCCAUUUUCCCACCGUUUCCUGGCGACCAGCGCUGACCAGGAGGCCUGAGGACCCAUACGAAGUUAUGAAAAUUUUGUCAGGUGCUUGCUGAGGCAGUUUGCACAUGGUCACUUCUUUUGGUCACGUGACUAACUUGUAAGCUUUAACUUGAAAAAGAGGUUGAAUGUAAUAACAUUCUGAAAUCUAACCCUUUCACCCUUAGAGUGAUGAAUGGAUUUUGGUAUGGUUUUUCUAACUUUUGAUUUUCUGUGGUUGUAAUCCUACGGUUUGCCCAUUCAAUUGAAAUCUCUUCAUUAUUACUUUUACUAGGUUUUUUUACAAAGUAAAAUUUGGAAAUUUUAUUGAAUUUUCCCCCUCUUUAUUAUUACGUUGUUUACCAUUUAAUCCCUAAAUUCCGUAAAUAUGGGUUAGAAGGCAG